AUGUCGAUUUCCUUUGCACCGCUUUUCAAGAUCGCUUGGAAACUCGGGCUGGCACUGGCUGCCUUCAAGUGCGGGUUCUACAUCGCGAGUCACUUAGGACGUGCUGGCACCAUUCUACGUAUUCGUUCAUUUCCACCGACCGUCUCACGACACGUUAUCCUCCAGGAACAAAAUGUGCAGCUCAAGGCGGAGAUCGAGGACUCCAAGCGGUCUAUCAAGGAUCUAUUGGACCGGCUCCAGCACGAGAAGGAGAGGGCGAAACAUGAAGUCGAGCGGCUUGGCCAAGAGAUAGAUUUCUGGAGACGGAUGGAGGGGUUGGCCAGGGUCGGAAUCCAGACAAGGGAUGAGAAGUUGCAGCAGCAGCAGGUCUUACUUGCCGUGCAUUGCGACGAGCUGCGGGUCCUCGAGGCGCGGUUACUCAACGUGACAUCCCUUACUCACGAGCAACUGCAUAUGCAGGAGCGAGCGAUCAGGGAGGCGUUGCUAGAUAGGCAACGUACUGAGCUCCUGAACGCGCACAGCUAUCUCAGCCCCGUAAACACCGUCUCCGACUCAGAGGUUGUCCAGAUGCUCCGGAGUCUGAACCUCGAGAUCUCUCGGACGGCCACUUUUCUGACAGAGUCAUUCCGUGCCGAAGAUCGGCGAGAUGGUGAGGGUAUUACGCGGGCGUUUGAGCGCACGAAGGAGUCAGUUGGUCCGGUGAUUGCAGAACUACUGGAAUCUUCAAGACAGCAGGAAGAUCCAAUUCUUGUGCAUUUUGCUCUUCAAGCCAGUAUCGCUAGCUUUUCCGCUGGGAUAAUCUCUGCAUGGGACUUCCAGCAUCAGAGCAAUUCCAUUUUUGCCGGCAUUUACAAGCAAAUGUUGAAGUCGGAAACGCAGAAUAUUGCAGGGCGCUGGCGCGCAUUGACACGGCAAUAUUCCAAACUGAGGUUAUACAAUGGCCGUGAUUUGUCCCCAGGUUUCAUCCAUCAACUCGCCGAUCUCUUGUGUAACAUUAUGGUACUUGCAGGUGCUCGUAUUGACACCGAACAAACGCUCCAACUUGCUAGCGAAAACUUCCAAAAUAUCGUGCACCUGGCGCUCGACAUUCAGCGGAUCAUUGGGGAGGACAUCACAAGUUGCGACCUCGAGAUUCUCCUUGUCCCAGGCGAAGAAUUCUUCGAUCCGGAGAACAUGGAGGACGUCUAUGGCGGAGAGAUCCUGGACGAUGAUGGCUUGCCACCUGUCUUCUGCACGUCGCAUCUUGGCCUUCGGCGACACGAGAAGGCAGAGGCGGACGUUGGCGACGAUAUUCACUCGACGAUUUUAUUGAAACCCAAGGUCGUUCUGGAGGCGUUCGUAUAUGAGCUGAUGGGGGCAGAGGAGGAAGAGGAUCCCGACGACACCGAGGAUGCUUGA